AUUGUCGUCGUCAAUCUCUCUGUCUACUGGAAUCGACUUCAUUUUAAGUAAUUGAAGUCUUCGCUUGCUCUGCUUCUGCGAAUCUCUCUAUCAUUCAUACCACACAUUCUGCCAAUCAUGGCUGAAACAUCAACCGUCAUCUCCAACACGGAGAAUCUCAUGAAAUACAUGAGCCUCGACCAACGGGGACAUGUCCAGGCUGAGUAUGUCUGGAUCGACGCUGUCGGUAACUGCCGCUGCAAGACCAAGACUCUCGCCACGCCUGUUAAAUCUGUCGAUGAGCUCCCUGAAUGGAACUUUGACGGUUCUUCCACCGGCCAGGCCCCCGGUGACAACUCCGAUGUCUACCUCCGCCCUGUUGCUAUCUUCCCUGAUCCGUUCCGCGGUGGCGAUAACAUUCUCGUUCUCUGCGAGACCUGGGAUUCGGAUGGAACCCCCAACAAGUUCAACUACCGUCAUGAGGCCAACCGCCUGAUGGAGAUACACGCCAAGGAAGAGUUCUGGUUCGGUCUGGAACAGGAAUACACCCUCCUCGGCACUGACGGCUGGCCUUACGGAUGGCCCAAGGGCGGGUUCCCCGGUGCUCAGGGUCCUUACUACUGCGGUGUCGGAACUGGCAAGGUUUACUGCCGUGACAUUGUUGAGGCUCACUACCGCGCCUGCUUGUACGCCGGUAUCAAGAUCUCUGGUAUCAACGCUGAGGUCAUGCCCUCCCAGUGGGAGUACCAGGUCGGUCCCUGCCAGGGUAUUGAGAUGGGUGACCAGCUUUGGAUGUCCCGCUUCCUGCUCCACCGCGUCGCUGAAGAGUUCGGCGUCAAGAUUUCUUUCGAGCCUAAGCCCAUCAAGGGUGACUGGAACGGAGCCGGUCUCCACACCAACGUCUCUACUGCCUCCACUCGUGCUGAAGGCGGUAUGAAGGCCAUCGAGACUUACAUGCAGAAGCUGGAAGCCCGUCACAACGAGCACAUUGCCGUCUACGGUGAGGGCAACGAAGAGCGUCUCACUGGCCGUCACGAGACCGGCAGCAUCGACAAGUUCAGCUAUGGUGUCGCCGACCGUGGUGGCAGCAUUCGUAUUCCCCGCCAGGUUGCCAAGGACGGCAAGGGUUACUUCGAGGACCGCCGUCCCGCCAGUAACGCUGAUCCCUACCAGAUCACCGGCAUCAUCGUCGAGACUCUCUGCGGUGGUAACUAGAUAUCUUCGAUAUCAAAACAAAAUGUGCAAACAUUUCAUUAGCGCUAGUAUACCCGCCGGCGUCAACUGGGUGUAGAACUACAAGAGCGGCCUGGCAACGUGUGGAGCAAACAUAGAUUUCUUUUCUCGUUUUUCCCAUCCUUAAUGUCGGUAUUUCAGGUUGUCACUCUUACUCUCGAGAUGCCAGAGCUUGCGCCUUUGCGUUCGUUACCCAC